ACUUUAGUUAGCAUCAUAACAAAAGUCUCAUAUCAUCCUCAGGAGAGAGGAACAACUUUCCCGAUUUAAAAUCACUUACUGCAUUUAUCCCCGGAGUAAAAAUGGCCCCAAACAAGGAAAUGACAAUGUACGAUCUGGCUCAGCAGGAUUACCAAGUGCUGGAGGAAAUGAUUGCCAAAGACCCAUCGCUGAUUACCAAAAAGGAUUCGAACGAACGCUUCCUGCUGCACUGGGCAGCCCUCGGUGGGCGGGAUCUGCUGGUAGAGGAGCUGCUGAAGAGGACACCCGCCCAGUUGGAGGCCACCGAUGACACGAAUGCAACUCCACUGGUGUUGGCCACUCUCGGAGGUCAUCUGAGCACCGUCCGGUUGCUCGUGGCUCAGGGGUCGAAUGUCAACCACCGAAACUGGCAGGGACAUUCGUCUCUGCAGUAUGCCUGCUCCAAGGGACAUUCGGAGGUUGUGAAGUUCCUGAUCGAGCAUGGAGCCGACAUCAACGUAACGGACCAGCGCAAUGAUACCCCGCUGCAUCGAGUGGCAUCGCUGGGUCGCGUGGAAAUCCUCAAGUACCUGGUCGAGCAAGGUGCUAAGGUGGACAUUCAGAACGCCGAGGGAAAUACGCCCUUGCAUUUGGCCUGCGAAGACGAACAGAGUUCCUGCGCUGUGCUAUUGGUCGAGCACGGCGCCUCGGGUACGGUUCCGAACAAGGAGAAAAAGACUCCACUGGAUCUGGCUAAACCGGGCAUGAGAAAGAACUUGAAGAGCAAGCUUGGAAUUGUCGAUGAAUAAAAGAAAUGGGUAUUUUUUGUAUGGAUUAAA